AUCCCCGGGGGACCAUAAUUUCUUUCAUACCGGGAAAUAAACAUCUUCAAGAGAGGAAGUAGGAUUGCACUGAACGAAAUGAUCAGAUAAUAAAAAAGUUGUGGUACAAACUUCAAAGUUGUAAUUUAUGCGUGUCCGCAGUAAGCUAAAGUACUAACAAUUUGACAAGUUCUGAUUUCGACGAAGAGAUAUGGAAUUCAUUAUUUGUCCCAUGUGUCAAAGCAGACACCUUCCUCUGAAUGAUGAGAAUGCUUCAGGGACCAUGGCUGGGUCAUGUCAGAAUUGUAAACACAUAUUCAAGUUCAGACAAAUCCCAGAAUCCGCAUCAAAGAUAACAUUCUCCAUCAAUGGUACACCCUUCACAGUUGACAGCAACCAGGCAGUGUCCACGCGGCUCAGUGAGUUUAUUCGUGAUGUUGCAUGUCUGAAGGGAACUAAGGUAAUGUGUCACCAGGGAGGAUGUGGGGCCUGCAUAGUCCUCGUAAAACAUACAGUUCCAAGCACUGAGGCAGUAGAGUUUAAAGCUAUCAAUUCAUGCCUAUGCCCUAUUUUCUCCUGUGAUGGCUGGGAAAUCACCACUACAGAGGGCCUAGGCAAUCAGAAGACAGGAUUUAAUGUAAUCCAGCAGAGUUUAGCAGACUUCAAUGGAAGCCAAUGUGGUUUUUGCAGUCCGGGGAUGGUUAUGAGCAUGAAAGGGUUAUUUUCAAAUAACAAGAAACCCACUGCUGACCAGGUGGAGAGGGCUCUAGAUGGCAACAUCUGUAGAUGCACAGGGUUUCGUCCCAUACUUGAUGCAAUGAAAAGUGUGGCAAUGAAAGUAGCAGACCUUGAGGACAUAGCGAAAUGUAGUGGAUCAACCAGUUGUAAGCAGAGCUGUUCAGCAAAAAGAGAGUUUCAGAAAAAGGUGGAGCCUGUGCAUAUGGUUUUCACUUCCAGCCAGUGGUACAGGCCAACCUCAAUUGAUCAGCUCUAUGAUGUCAUGAAGGCAAAUAGAGACAAACUCAUCAAGCUUGUUGUUGGGAACACUGCACAAGGUGUAUAUGGGGAUGGUGCAAUAGAUGUAUAUAUUGAUACAAAGUCAGUACCAGAGCUCUACCACAUAAAGUAUGAUCCAGAGUUUACCAUUGCGAGUAAUGUGACAUUGUCUCGGUUGAUUAGUGUGUUGACAGAACAGGGCAAGAGGGAUGGCUACACCUACUGUACAACACUGGCUGAUCAUGUACAGAAAGUUGCUUCUACUCCAGUAAGAAAUAUGGCAUCAUGGUCGGGAAAUUUAAUGCUAAAGAAACAACAUCCAAGUUUUAUAUCAGACAUCUAUGUGAUUCUAGAGACUGUUGGUGCUACACUUAGUAUAGUUGAUGUUGAAACAAAGGUUGCAGCAGAGACAAAUCUAUCAGAUUUUCUCAAGUUGAACAUGCAAUCGAAGAUGAUCGCCUCAGUGAAGCUACCCAAGAUGUCUGAAGACAACAAUCAACAUGUUCUGACAUACAAGAUCAUGCCAAGGGCAGAGAAUGCUCAUGCGUAUGUGAAUGCUGGAUUCAGGAUGGAAAUACAUCCAAACCAUCUAAAUUAUUUGGUUGUGAAUAAACCCUCCAUAGUCUAUGGGGGAAUAUCACCUGGCUUUGUACAUGCAUCUAAGACGGAGGAAUACCUGACUGGUAAAUGUCUUGGAGAUGUCAAAGUUUUGCAAGGUGCCUUACAUGUGCUAGCCAGUGAAGUAGUACCUAAUGAAGACCCAGUGCUAUCCAGCCCACAGUACAGAAAGAAUCUAGCCCUCUCUCUUCUUUACAAGUUUGUGCUAAACAUUUGUCAGGAAACAGUCUCAGCAAGAUUCAAAUCAGGGGCAGAUUGCAUUCAGCGCCCCCUUUCUAGUGGCAAACAGAGUUAUGAUACACACAAAAAACAAUGGCCCCUCUCUGAACCCAUACCCAAACUUAAGUCCAAACUCCAGGCAUCUGGAGAGACCGUGUAUCCAUCAGACAUGGCAAGUCAGUCCAAGGAACUACAUGGAAUGUUUGUUCUGGCAACAGUUGCUAAUGCUACCAUAGAAACAUUGGAUGCUCCAGAAGCUUUGAGAGUAGCUGGUGUUGAAGCUUUCUUUACUGCCAAAGACAUCCCAGGACUUAACAGUUUUUCAACAGGGGGAGCAGCCAGAGAGGAGAUAUUUUGUAGUGGAAGAACGGAAUAUGCUGGACAGGCUAUCGGACUUUUGGUAGCAGAUUCUGUCUCUACACUAUACUCAGCUGCCUACAAGGUGAAGGUCACUUACAAAGAUUCAGAGCCACCUAUUUUGACAAUAGAAGAUGCUAUAGAAAAGGGAUCAUCUUUUCCAAGUUCUCAGGAGGAUAUUGUCAUUGGUGAUGCUGAAGGUGCCAUUGCAUCUGCAGAACAGAAACUUACUGGAGCAAUAGGCAUGGGUUCUCAGUACCACUUCCACAUGGAGACACAGGCAACCUUAUGUAUUCCCACUGAGGAUGGCUUGAAAAUCUACCCUACAACACAGUGGACUGACAACAUACAGCAAUCAGCAGCUCAGGCCUUAAACAUUCCAAACAAUAGUGUGUAUGUUGAGAUUGGCAAGACCGGUGGGGCCUAUGGGGCCAAGAUCACAAGGAAUGCUCAUGUCUCUUCUGCUGCAGCAUUAGCCGCAUAUUCACUGAACAGGCCAGUACGUGUACACUUGGACUUGGAAACAAACAUGAAAAUGAUCGGAAAAAGAUUCCCAUUUCUGGCAAAAUACAAAGUUGGCUGUAGGGUGGAUGGUGUGCUUGAAGGAGUGAAGAUAGAGUAUUACAUUGACUGUGGAUGUUCUCCCAAUGAUACCAUGCCUUGGUGGUCCUGGGCAGACAAUGCCUACAACUGUUCUAAUUGGCACUUGGUGUGUAACCAUUUAAUGAAAACCAACACUGCAAGUAACACAUACACCAGAUCUCCAGGCUCCACUCCAGCCAUCUUCAUUAUGGAGUCCAUCAUGGAGCAUGUGGCAACAAAACUCAGUCUUGACCCCAUAGAUGUUAAAACCAAGAACUUGUACACAAAUGGACAGACGACACCAACAGGAAUUGAGCUUGAUUUCUGCAAUAUUAGAGGGCUUGUAACAAAGAUAGAGGACUCUGCCUUGGUGUUACAGAGAAAAGCUGACAUUGAAAACUUCAAUAGGGCUAAUCGCUGGAAGAAGAGGGGUUUAUCUCUCGUUCCUAUGAAGUUCAACAUUGAUUGGACUGGAGCUAAUUAUGGUGUGCACAUGACCAUAUAUGGUGCAGAUGGGACUGUCACAAUAUCUCAUGGUGGAGUUGAAAUGGGACAAGGUAUCCAUACAAAGGCAAUACAAGUAUGUGCUCACUUAUUUGGAAUCCCUUUGUCGAUGAUAAGGUGCACCCCUACCAACAGCCUAGCUGGGUCUGCAAAUGCUCAUAGCUCAGGGGGGAGCAUAACGUCAGAACUUGUCUGCCAGGGAGUGAUAGAAUGUUGUCUCCUAAUCUUGAAACGUAUGGCACCUGUAAGAUCUACACUGGAGAAUGCAACCUGGCAGCAAACAGUGCAGAAGUGCUACUCCCAGGGUAUUAGCCUGAGCUGCCAAAAAUGGAUUCACCCAGAAGAUGGUGAGACCUACAAUGCCUAUGGAGUCACUGUUGCUGAAGCUGAGCUUGAUGUUCUGACUGGAGAAUUCAUGCUUCCAAGAGUGGAUAUUCUCUAUGAUUGUGGACAGAGCAUGAAUCCAGACCUAGAUAUUGGCCAGAUAGAGGGUGCCUUUGUAAUGGGGCUUGGUUACUGGAUGUUUGAGAGACUAAAGUUUGAUCCUCAGACUGGAGAAAUCUUGACUGCAAAUACAUGGGAGUACAAAGUGCCCAGUGCUAAAGACAUCCCAACUGACCUACGAGUUGGCCUCCUGAGAAAUGCACAUCCUAAUCUUAAAGGAAUUCUUGGGUCAAAAGCUGUAGCAGAACCACCCCUGUGCAUGAGCUGUGCUGCACUGUUUGCUAUAAAGAGAUGUAUUGAGGCAGCCAGGCAGGAGGCUUCUGGGUCAACAGAUUAUUUCCCACUCGAUGUUCCUGCCACAGUUGACUUGAUACAGACAUAUUGCAGCACCCCUCUGUCUCAGAUGACAUAUGGAUAAACCUACAGACAUAUUGCAGCACCCCUCUGUCUCAGAUGACAUAUGUAUAAACCUACAGACAUAUUGCAG